AUGGUAAAAAGUGCAGCUACUGAUAAUAAUGAACGUCCGAUUCUAACCGGUAUGGCUCUGGGACUUAAUUCAACUUUAUUAAUAUCCGAAGGCAAUACAAAAUUACCUCCAUGUCCAAUGUUACUUCUUUCAAAUAGUGAUGGACUUUUGCAAGUUUAUUAUUUCAUAUGUAAAAGUUUACCGCCAAUAUGUCGCACAUUUGAAGUUAUCCAACAGAUUCAAGCAUUACAACCAACAAUAAAUAUGGUUUCUGGAACAUCAACAUCAACGCCGCCACCGCCACCGUCAUCGUCGUCUUCAAUACCACCAACCAUACCUUUUAGUGUAUCUACGACAAAAACGUCAUCAAAUAAUGGAUUUUCAUUUUCUAAUUUUGGAUUUACUGAUUCAACGUUUGCUCCGAAUAAUUCUCAACCAAACAAACAGCCUCCGAAUAAUCCUUUAAGUUCUAUUCAACCAUCUCUACCAAUUACAAAUGAAUCAUCGUCAACGGAUGAUAUUUUCAAGUCCUUGAGCACGAAUAAAGUAACUCCCACGUCUCAAAUAGUACCAACAAAAGGUGCAACCAAUAAUGAACAACCACCUCCAACAAUUGUUAAUACUAAAACACUUCGUCAAAUGACUAAUGAAUUGCAAUCGAAAUUGAAAGCUGUUCAAAAUCCAUUAUCAAAACCAUCUGAUUCGCCUAUAGAUCUCGAUCGAUCUUUAAAAACUUUAAUAACAUCAUUGAACACUACGACCAAAUCGCUUGAAACAUCACUGCAAUCAAUAAAAAGCAUGACAGGUGCACAUAUAGAGUCACAGACAAGAAUUGAAAAUGCUCGUCAUCAAAUAAUAUUAUGUCAAAAAGAAAAUCUCUAUGAUCUAUUAAAAGAUCGUGAACUCGAUCCAUGGACACAAUUACGUAUUGAUUCAGUUAAAACUAAAUAUGAAAAAUUGAAACAUGAUUUUAAUGUAUUACUUCAAUUAACCAAUAAAACCAUUCAUGAUAAAUCAUUUAUCAAUAAUGAUGAUGAUGAUGAUGAUGAAAACGAGGAUUUCCUACCGGAUUUCGAAAUAUUAGAUACAACUGAAACAAUGAAACAAAGAAUGAAUAAACGCUUGCGAGAUCUUAGUCACAAAGUAACUGAAACAGAAAAAGAUUUAGCCAAUAUUUGUAAAACAUUAAAUACAGAUUUAUUGAGUAGCAAACCAAAUAAUUCAAAUUUUUCGAAGACGAAAACGUCUUCGUCCAGAUCAUUUCAUGAAUUCGAUUCGAAAAUUUUUUCACAUUUACAAGCUACUCAUCAAAAAGUUCUUCAAAUACGUGUACCAGCAACUCCAAUAAUUCAAUUGCCAUCGAUCGGCGAGCCAAAACAAUCGUCAACAACUGAAAUAGCUAAGUCACAAACGCCUACCAUAGAAUCAUCAACAUUGGUAACAACUAAACAACAAACACCUACGACUAAAUCAUCAACACCGAUACAACCGAAUUCACCAUCUGGUGAAUCGGAAAGUUUUAAAAAUAUGCUACGUCUUGUUCGAACAUCAAUCGAUCUAUUUUCUGGUGCCACAAGCCCUGAACAAUUACGUGAGUUAUCGAGCACAAUAGCAACAAGUCCAUUAGCAUCAGGAACAGUAGCUGCACAAAAAUCAAAUAUUACUGGUAUUAAUCGAACUCCAACGAUGUCGAAAACAGCAAAUCCGGCAAAAUCAUCCACUAUAGCAAAGCCAACAUCAACAAAUCUUUUACAAACACCUGGAACAAUGAUGAAUUCAUCUAUUCCAAAUAUUUCUUUUACGCCAGCAACGCCAACAAGCCAAACAAUAUCAUCGGAUACGCAAUCGAAACUUCAAGCAAAUAGACCUAGCUUUCAAACAACUGCUGAUCAAUCAAAACAACAAUCUGCAUCCGUAACAGGUGAUACUUAUAUGCGAUCAUUACUGGGUAAUAGUACAAUGCCAUCUACAACAACUUCUCCAUCACUAAUAAAUCAACUGGGAGCUGCAUCCACAACAACCCAAGGCGUAAGACCGGCACUAUUUCCCAAUGCUUCUGCCACAGCAUCAACGCCACAAGUCAUAAAUCAAAUUGCUUUAUCAGCACAACAAGCAACAGGUAUAUCUACUUCGUCGUCAAGUCAGCCACCUUUCGGUAAUAUUUCUUCAACUACAUCAACAACGAUAACAUCUGUUCAAUCAACAUCACCAACAACCAAACCUAUUGUUUCUACUAGCCUAAAUCCAUAUAGUGGUCAAGCGCCGUUCAGUAUUUCCGGAUUUAAUUUAACGUCUAAUUCGCCAUCUACGAGUCCAUUUGGCACUACAACAACAACAACAACAACUACGGGAUCAUCAUUUACUGGUGCUGUCACUACAACAUCUGCACCCAGUAUAUUUGGUGCUACUGUAACAGCAACUGCCAGUCCAUUCGAUACUACUGCUCCUACGACUACAGCAACAGCAAUAACACCUACAUCUGGUGCUGGAAUAUUUGGUGCUCCAACAACAUCAACUGCUAGCGUAUUUGGUACCGGAUUUGGCAGCCCUUCUACUAUGAUCGCGACAACAUCAUCAGCACCUGCUGUUAGCAUAUUUGGUACACCAAUAAGUACAUCUCCAGGUACCAGCAUUUUUGGAGCUGGAACAACAGCAACACCUGGCACUAGCUUAUUCGGUGGUGCUCCAGGUGCGGUAUCAUCACCGGCAAGCCCAUUUGGUAGUGGAUUCGGUAGUGCUUCAACAACAGCAGCUCCUAGUACUAGUGCAUUCGGCGGUGGCUUUGGUAAUACUACUACUACUACUGGAACAUCUCCAUUCGGCAGUACAUUCGGUGCAACAACACCAACAUCCAGUGCUAGUCCGUUUGGUAGUAGAUUUGGUGCUACUACUACUGCUACUUCAACAAUACCAACAUCAGUCACUAGUGCUUUUGGUGGUAGUGGCUUCUCAGUUACUUCACCAGCAGCAUCUACUUUAACUACUCAAUCAGCAGCUGGUGGUGGUUCAUCAUUUGGUAGUCGACCAACAUUUGGUAGUAGUUUUACUGGUUUUGCAACACAAUCAAAUGCAGCUGCAUCAUCGACCGGCUUUUCAUUUGGUGGUUUUGGUAGUGCUCAACCUGCAGAAGCUCAAGCAACGCAACCAGGCUUCGGUUCUUUUGGAGCAGCAUCGACUACUGCGUCACCCUUUGGAGGAGCAGUCGGACAAACAAGCGGUUUUCCUUCAGCAACAUCAUCAUUUGGUGCUGCAACAGCACAACCAACAGCUUCGCCUUCAUUUACAGCUUAUCGUAAAUAA